AGAUUUAUCAUCCUAACCCACCACUGACUCACAGCAGUUCGACCUGACAGCCAUGGGCUCAAUAAGUAUAUCUCUGUUGGGUGUCUUUGCACUUCUCACUAUCUCUGAUCUUCAUCCAAUCAGUCGUCCUAACAAUGGACUUCGCAAGUGCCGCCAAAACAGCAGUGGUCCAGCACUGGAGGUCCUCCCAGGUGGAGGCUGGGACAACCUGCGUAAUCUGGACAUGGGGAGAGUGAUGAACAUAAGUUAUUCCCAGUGCCAGACCACUGAGGACGGGGUUUAUCUUAUUCCAGAUGAGGUCUUUGUCAUUCCGCAGAAGGUGAGCAAGGUGGAGAUGAAUUCGGAGAUCAUCAGUUCAUGGCUUGAACAGAAAAGCUCCACCUCAAGCUCCAUUAAUGCAGAUGUGUCCUUCUUCUCCGUGGUCAAUGCCAAGUUCUCCACUGAGAACCAACGCAUGAAAACCCAUCAAGUCAAAGGCAAUUCUGUUACAGCACGGGUGCAGGUGCGUAACCAUCUGUACACUGUGAAGGCUUAUCCUGACUUCACUUUGGAUUCACGCUUUGCCCGUCAGGCAGAGGAAAUCGCAGACGCCAUUGAGAACAACCAAACUCGCCAUGCAGAAUACCUGUCAGAGAAAAUGGUGCUAGAUUAUGGCACGCACGUCAUCACGAGUGUUGACACUGGUGCCACUUUGGUGGAAGAGGACUAUUUGAAAUCAUCUUAUGUUUCUGAUGCACAGUCCUCUCAGUCCUCUGUCUCAGCCUCAGCUGGUGCCAACUUUUUUGACAAAGUUAAAUUUGAUAUUGGCACUAAGGAUUCACAAGGAACAUCAGAAACACGUAACUACCAGGGUAACAUUACUUACUCUAUAACACUGAGUCAUGGUGGGGCAUUGUUUUAUCCUGGCAUUACUCUUCAGAAAUGGCAGGAGAGUACUCUAAAUAAUCUGGUAGCUAUUGACCGUAGUGGACUACCACUCCACUAUUUCCUCAAUCCAUCAGUGUUUCCAGACCUCCCACUUCCAACAGUGAAUAAACUAGCUGUCUCAGUGAGUCAGGCCAUAGAACGCUACUAUAAAGUUAAUACUCACCCUGGAUGUGUAAAACCAGAUUCAAAAAAUUUCAACUUUCAAGCCAAUGUAGAUGACGCUUCCUGUGAAGGCCCAAACACCAAUCUUAGCUUUGGGGGUGUUUACCAGCAGUGCACUCCCUUGAAUUCAUAUGGAGAUGCAAUCUGCCAGGAGCUUGCUUCAAAAAACCCAGCCACUGGCUCCUAUUCCUGCCAGCAACCAUACAUCGCUACUCUAUUGCGCUCUGAAACGCAGGAAAGACCAUAUGACCAGUAUGUGUGCCAUAGGCAUUGUUAUGGUUGUGGAUUUCUUUGGCUUGACACCUGUUGUGAAAACAUUUGUGGAAAUGUGUACCAUGUUCGGAGGGCACAGAUUAAAACUUACUGGUGCGCCACUAAUGGGGCAACUCCAGAAUUCUCUGGAUACCUCUUUGGGGGUCUAUUUGGCCCCUCCUUACAAAACCCUUUAACCAAAUCCAGAUCUUGUCCUCCAAAUUUCUUUACACAGACAUUUUUGUCCAGUGGCUUUAAGAUCUGUCUAAGCAAUGACUACGAGGCAGCAACCAGAUUCUCUGUACCUUUCGGGGGAUUUUUUAGCUGCCAGUCGACCAACCAACUUGCAGGGAGUCAAUCUCGCUGCCCACCGCAGUUCAGUCAACACCUUGUUGCCAUAAGCGAUGGGUGCCAAAUACUUUUUUGUGUUCAGUCAGGCAUUUUCACUGGAGGAGAGUUACUCCCUAUCCGUCUGCCACCUUUCACAAGACCUCCAGUUAUCAGUAUGAUAGCCACAAACACUGUGGCUGUGAUGACCGAAGGCGAUCAGGCCUGGGUGAGAGUCAAAGAUACAAAAUUGUGGAAGGUGGCAAAGCCUGAGGACAUCACCAAAAUGUCCCAAAUAUUUGACCACUCAACUCAGGCAGCAGGGAAAAAAGCUGGCAUUGCCUUUGGUGUUCUUGCUCUGAUUGCUCUUUUGGUGGCUGUUGCAGUGGUGGUGGUGAAAAAGAAGAGGCGAGUUUCUGGACUUGGAAAAGGCCAAAGCUAUGAGGAAAUUGAAAGUACAGAAGAAAUUGAGAGUAUUAGUGUGGCGAGUCCAGCACAACACGAGUCUGAGGUUGAGAGUGAGGGCCAAACUCAACCUCUCUUAGCAUAAUCACUUUUGCUCUAAAAUUGUUUUUUAAUUUUGAACAUGUAAGCAUUAAAAUUUGUUUUAGCAACAAUCAAGGUCUAAUUUGUUACAAUUUUCUAAUACUUUUUUCUAAUCUUUUUAAUAAGAGAAUUUUUGUUACAUUUUUUGCUUUACUCUAUUUUUCUACAAUAAAAAUUAUACAGAAAAUA